UGGCCUCACUUGUGCCUUUUGAGCACUUGAAAUUUGGCUAGUCCAUCUGAAGAACUGAAUUUUAGAUUUUACUUAAUUUUAUUUAAUUUAAAUUCAAAUUUAAAUAGCCAUAUGUGACAACUGGCAACUGUAUUGGACAGUGCGGCUCCAGAACCUCCUGUAAUGGUCAUUCUGCAUGGAAGAUUAAGAACUGAGACUGAAUUUGGCAGGAGUUCUUGCUCAUGGCUCCAAUCAAAUCCUGUUUAUUUUUCUCUGGACAGGGCUUGCAGUUUCCAAACCGGACAUGAUAUCUCAUUUGGAGAAUGGGAAAGGACCAUGGGUGACAAUGAGAGAAAUUUCAAGCAUUCCCUAUCCUGACAUGGAGCCCAAACCUGCAACCAAGAAUGCUACACGAACAAAGGAUAUAUCUGAAGAUUUAUCACAGGAUGCCGUACUAGAGAAACUUACGGAGAAUGGUCUGUGGGAUUCCAGAGUGGAAGGGUUAUGGAAAUGGAAUGAUAGGAUAUUGAGAUUACAAAAUAAUCAGGAGAAUCAUUUGAGUCAAAGAAUAAUUCCACUCAAGAAGACUCCCACUAGUCAAAGAGGCUUUAGAUUUGAAUCUAUUUUUAUUCCAGAACCAGGCAUUGCCACCGAAGAGCUUCACAGCAGAUGCCAAACACAAGAGGAAAAUUUCACAGAGAAUUUAAAUUUGGUUAUAGAUACCCGUUUGGGGAAGAUAAUUUGUAAGGAGAUGAAAGGCAGCAAAGCCAUAAGGCAGACUUCAGAACUUACUUUGGGGAAAAAAUCCAAUAAUAAGGAAAAACCCUACAAAUGUGGUACAUGCGAAAAGGCCUUUCGUUAUAGGUCAUUGCUCAUUCAACAUCAAAGAACUCAUACUAAAGAAAAACCUUAUGAAUGUAAUGAAUGUGGGAAAACAUUCAGCCAGCCUUCAUAUCUCAGUCAGCACAAAAAAAUCCACACUGGAGAAAAAUCCUGUAAAUGUAAUGAAUGUGGAAAGGCCUUCAUUGCUUCCUUAUCACUUAUGGUACAUCAGAGAAUUCACACUAAAGAGAAACCUUAUCAGUGUAAUGUGUGUGGGAAAUCUUUUAGCCAGUGUGCCUGUCUUAAUCAGCACCAGAGAAUUCAAACUGGAGAGAAACCCUAUAAAUGUAAUGAAUGCGGGAAAGCUUUUAGUGAUAAAUCAAAACUUGCAAGACAUCAGGAAACUCACAAUGGUGAGAAACCCUACAAAUGUGAUGACUGUGGGAAAGCCUUUAGGAACAAGUCAUAUCUUAGUGUACAUCAGAAGACCCACACUGAAGAGAAACCGUAUCAGUGCAAUGAGUGUGGGAAGUCUUUUAAGAACACCACAAUUUUUAAUGUGCAUCAGAGGAUUCAUACUGGAGAGAAACCUUUUAGAUGUAAUGAAUGUGGAAAAGCCUAUAGAAGUAAUUCAAGCCUUAUCGUACAUAUAAGAACUCACACUGGGGAAAAACCCUAUGAAUGUAAUAAGCUUCAUAGAGGCCGGUCCACGGGAGGGGAACGCCCGUCUCGCGGUCCCGUCGGGCUCACAGGGACGGAGCGGCCUGGGAUUCCGCCCACCCCUUCCCGCCGACAGCGCUUCCUCCUCCUGGGAGGGUCUGGGGACUUCUCCCAGAAGCCGCCACCUCGCGCGAGGACACCGGGCGUUCCCGCUCCCUGCGGGAGGGAACUGGCUUGGGGCCCUGCCGGGCACCGCACGCGAGUGAGGCAGAAACCCACGCACCAUGCAGAAAGCCCAGAAAAAUGUCCCUGGAGAAGCCGGGGAACAGCUCCCUCCACAGCUGUCAGGGCCCGAACAGGCUGUUGCCUCACGGAGGUCUCCGCCCCAGGUUGUCACGAAGCCGCCACCACGCCUCCCCCGGGUCCUGAGGGAACCCAGCGCUCUGCCUCAUUGCACACAAGGCAGUCCGCAGGCGAAACACGCUUGCGCGCUGGCAAGUCCGCCAGGGCGGGUUCGCGCGCCCUCUUGCGGCCCUCUCGGCGCAGUGCAGGGAGCUUUGCGUUUUAG